AUGCAGUACACUCCGUUCGCAUCGGACAUAGAGCUUCCCUUCUACACUUCGUUAGCGACUCUCAAAAUCAACCAUGACAAACUCGAUGAUUCCCCGCGCAAGUUGCUGGGCCUUUAUGAGAUCCGCUCCACGGAUACUCCAGACACUUCCUGUCGCAUGCAGAUCCACGGAAACGCCCUUACUAGCGAUCAUGCCCCAGUAGGUUACUAUAGAGCCGAGGGUAUGAUCAAGAACGUCAACACAAUCGAAGAGUACAGAAAUUCGGAUAAAGCGUCGAUUCUUCAGCAAGCUGCAAGGACGAUCUGGGAUGCGAUCAAUGAUGGCACCAUUUAUUCCUGUCCUUCUUUGCUAUCCUCAUUUGUGGUUCUGUCAUUUGCGGACCUCAAGAAAUACAAGUUCCAUUACUGGUUCGCAUUUCCCGCAAUACAUUCGUCUCCUCCUUGGGUCCCUGUAGCGAGUGAUACCCCCACGACGACAGGAAACAAUGCGGGAACCAGGGAAGCCACAAGCUUGACAGGUCUUGAAAGCUCGGCUCUAGUCGAUGCUGUGCAGACUUGGCGUUACGGAGUCGAUACUCGCCAGCAUGGAUUCUUCCUGGCUAAGAAGAACAGGAAUCCUUCUCAACAAGUCGAGGCGAAGGGUGAAGACAAUGAAAACAGUGAGCUGCCACCGGAAACAGCCGGUACAUCUGCGGAUAACGUCGGAUUUUCUUGGGAAAUCGCCUCACUCGCGACCUUCGAAAAAGGAUUUUUCAAGGACACCAACCCCGACGACUGCUAUGUUUGCUUUGCGGACCCUUCCAAUUAUGACACCGCUCCUGGCUGGAUGUUGAGAAAUCUCCUGAUUCUCGUGAGGCAACGAUGGGGGCUGGCUAGAGUCCAGAUCCUAAGGUACCGUGAUGUUCAGUCAAAGCGUGAUCAGGGCCGCAGUAUUAUAAUGAAGUUGGCGUUGGAGUCAACACCAACAGCAAACAUUGAUCCUAUCCCCGAGGAUGCCCUUCCAAAAGUGACUGGUUGGGAACGCAACCCUUCCGGGAAACUAAUGGGGCGUGUUGUAAAUUUGACGGAAUAUAUGGAUCCCCAUAGACUGGCUGAUCAGUCGGUUGAUCUCAACCUGAAGCUGAUGAAAUGGCGCAUAUCCCCUAAUCUUGACCUUGAGAGGAUAAAACACACAAAGUGUCUCCUACUUGGAGCGGGUACAUUGGGGAGCUACGUCGCCCGUAAUCUGCUGGGAUGGGGUGUACGAAAGAUCACAUUCGUGGAUAGCGGAACUGUUUCCUUCUCCAAUCCGGUCCGACAACCCCUUUUCAAUUUCCAAGACUGUAUAGGAGGUGGAGUCCAGAAGGCCCUUCGUGCGUCUCAGGCGUUGUCGGAGAUAUACCCAGGUGUCGAUUCGACCGGAUAUGCACUCACAGUCCCCAUGGCUGGCCAUCCGAUGACUGAUAGUCCCAAAUCCCGCAGCGAUUUUGAGCUGCUUCAAAAACUCUUCGAUGAACAUGACGCCAUAUUCCUACUUAUGGACACUCGCGAAUCUCGCUGGCUGCCCACGGUAAUGGGGAAGGCAGCAGGCAAGAUUGUGAUGAACGCAGCCUUGGGCUUCGAUACGUAUGUGGUUAUGCGACAUGGCGUUAAAACAGACUCAGAUUCGAGCCCAGGGCUCGGUUGUUAUUUCUGUAACGACGUGGUCGCGCCUGCAGAUUCUGUCAGAGAUCAGACACUCGACCAACAGUGCACUGUAACUCGUCCCGGAGUAGCAGCUAUAGCGUCUGCUCUAGCGGUCGAGCUACUGGUCUCCAUCCUCCAACAUCCGAAAGGUGCAGCUGCCCCGGCUGCUCAAGAAGAAAAGGAAAGCGAACAUCCUCUUGGUCUGGUUCCCCACCAAAUCAGAGGUUUCUUGUCAAAUUUCUCGAACAUUUCCGUUGUGGGCAGGAAUUACGACUGUUGCAGUGCAUGUUCAGAUAAUAUAGUCGAAGCAUACAAGGCAAACGGUUGGGAGUUUGUUAAGCGGGCUUUGAACGAGAAAGGAUAUGUGGACGAGAUAAGCGGUUUAAAGGAGGUUCAGCGGCAGGCUGAAGCGGCCGCGGACGACGUCGAAUGGGACGAUGAUGGCGAGGAGUUAGAGAUCGUCUGAAUUAUAGACGCGAACUAGUUCAAUAGGGACUAGAUCUCGUCUUGAAUGCCGUGACGGCCCUAAAAUGAAGAGGCUUGGUCAUCACCAGCGCCA